AUGCGGUUUGAAAUCGACCCCGACAUCGUCCCCAACCUGAAACUGGGCCUUCACUCUUUCCAAAUCAUCAUAUCCCUGGUCGCAUGGUGUUUGCAGAUUGGUGUUUUCAAUGCAAAGGAUGCAGAGGUCACUGGAAGGAAUGGCUGGACCUUCGCAGUGUGUUUCCUUUCCGUCCCAGCAUGGAUCUUCCUCAUCAUGACUCCCCGAUGGGGCCGCACUCGUCGCUUUGCUCAACCGCAUGCCAUGCUUGCUGUUGACGCUGCUUUCACAAUCAUGUGGCUAUCUGCCUUUGCUACUCAGGCUGCCUACAAUGCCGCUGGUCAAUGCGGAAAGGCAUGCGGCAUCAGCAAGGGUGUUGUCGGCUGUGGUGUUCUGGUAACCCUCCUCUUUGCUGGUUCAACCUUUGUUUCCGCAUUUACCCUCAACUACUACAACAACCACAACAUCCUGCCAGGUUACGACAACCGUCAGAUGGGCAGCGACAACAUCGACCCUGACAAGGCUGCUUUCUCCAUGGCCCCUCACGGCGAUGAGGCUUACGAGCGAGUCGACAUGGACGAUCACGAACCAUCAGGCAGUGCCUACGGCGGAGGCUAUAACAACAACAGCUACAACAGUCACUCCCGCUAUGGUGAUGCCAACCCCUAUAGCGCCGACGACGAGGAUCCCGAUCGUUUUGGUGCCCUCCCCCCUCGAAACAACACCCUCUUCGAAAACGACACUGAGUACCACUCCGGCGGUGCUCCUCCAUCAAUGCCCGCCAGCUACGCCAACCCAACAGGUGGUCAUCCUUACGAGGAUGUCCCCGCACAAUUCCCCGCUGGCAACUACGAUAGGGGGCACUAA